UCUUCCUUUGACAAGAUGGCGGCGGGAAGUAGUGGCGGUGGCGGCAGCCAGUGCGCGAAAAGCGCGGCCGAUUCCGGCUUCUUGGGGCUGAGGCCCACUUCGGUGGACCCGGCGCUGAGGCGGCGUCGGCGAGGCCCACGAAAUAAGAAGCGGGGUUGGCGGCGGCUUGCGCAGGAGCCGCUGGGGCUGGAGGUAGAUCAGUUCUUGGAGGACGUGCGGCUGGAGGAGCGCACGCGCGGUGGCUUGGUGUCAGAGGCCCCUGAUGAGAAACUCUUCUUUGUGGACACUGGCCCGAAGGACAAAGACCUGAAGAAGAGGAGGAACAAAGGCCAGAAGAAGUCACUGCUCCUCAAGAAACCCCUCCGGAUUGACCUCACCCUUGAGAACACAUCUAAGAUCCCCGUCCCCAAAGACAUCCUUGCCCACCAGGUCCCCAAUGCCAAGAAGCUCAAGCGGAAGCAGCAGCUAUGGGAGAGGCUGGCCAAGCAGGGCGAGGUGCCCCGCGAGGUGCGCAGAGCCCAGGCCCGCCUCCGCCACCCCCCUGUUGCCAAGGCCAAGCCCGGGCCCCAGGACACUGUUGAGCGGCCCUUCUAUGAUCUCUGGGCCCUGGACAACCCUCUGGACCGGCUGCUGGUAGGCCAGGACACCUUCUUUCUGGAGCAGACCAAGAAGAAAGGAGUCAAGCGGCCACAGCAUCUCCACACCAAGCCCUCCCAGGCGCCUGCUGUGGAGGUGACACCCUCCGGAGCCUCCUACAACCCGUCCUUUGAGGACCACCAGGCCCUGCUCCAGGCGGCCCACGAGGUUGAGCUGCAGAGACAGCGGGAGGCAGAGAAGCUGAAGCGGCAGCUGGCCUUGCCCACCUCUGAGCAGGCUGCCACCCAGGAGUCCACGUUCCGGGAGAUGUGCGAGGGGCUGCUGGAGGAGUCGGAUGGGGAGGGAGAGCCCGGGGAGAGCCCGGGGCCCGAGACUGGAGGAGACCAGGCCUUGCCCACGCCUGCCCGCCUGGCUACUGCCGAGAAGAAGACUGAGCAGCAACGGCGCCGGGAGAAGGCUGCCCGGACUCUGCGGGUGCAGCGGGCCGCACUGCGUGCUGCCCAGCUCCGGCACCAGGAGCUCUUCCGGCUGCGUGGGAUCAAGGCCCAGGUGGCACAGCGGCUGGCGGAGUUGGCGAGGCGGCGGGAGCAGCGGCGGUUACGGCGGCUGGCUGAGGCAGACAAGCCCCGCAGGCUGGGGCGGCUCAAGUACCAGGCCCCGGAUAUCGAUGUGCAGCUGAGCUCAGAGCUGUCAGACUCACUUCGGACCCUGAAGCCUGAGGGCAACAUCCUCCGUGACCGAUUCAAGAGCUUCCAGAGAAGGAAUAUGAUCGAGCCUCGAGAGAGAGCCAAGUUCAAACGCAAGUACAAAGUGAAGUUGGUGGAGAAGCGGGCCUUCCGCGAGAUCCAGUUAUAACAGCCACUGGAUGCCUGCGUCCCCAGCCUUUCAUAAAGCACCUUCUGAUGUCACCUUGGGCUUUGUGUGUGGCACACCUCCUUCCUGUGGGCAGCUUCCUGCUCUCUCUUGACCUGUCCCCCUCCAGGGCUUGAGGACACAGCUGCAGAGCAUUCAUCUCCACCAAAGCCUGUGGCCGCAGAUGGCCGUCAGCAGCUGGGGUCCUGGCCCACCCAGAUAGCCAGAUGGAGGGCAGCCACUCCAGGACUGAGGGGACACUUACUUAAAAGGCACAGAGGGCCAGGCUGGAUGUGGGAGGCGAGGGAGGGAGACAGUGAGGUUCACACCUGGCUCUCCCACUUGGAAAACAGCCCACUUCUUUCUGCCAAAGGAUGGGGGCAACAACAAACAAGUCUUGAUCAUAAUUAUUAAGGCAUUAAUGGUGGUGUCAGCUGCUGUGAGAUUGGCCGCUGACUCAUGGGGACCCCAUUGUGAUGCAGCUGCCUCUGAAGUCUUCUAAGUUCCCCAGGGGGAAGGAGAAUCAGCAUUAGCCCAAGGCUGAUUCCUCUGAGAUGGAGGUCAGACAUACUUUCACAUCCAGACUUCUUACCAAUUCUCCUUCCCACGGCACACUCUUCUCUGCUGGGUUUGAUAAUUCAUUGCAGUGGCCACACACAACUCACAGACCAUACUCACAGGAUUUAUUAGGAAAGCACCCAUUGCCAUCGAGUUGAUUCUGACUCACAGCGACCCUGUAGACAGAGUAGAACUGCCCCAUAGGGUUUCCAGGGAGUGGUUGUGUGGAUCUGAACUGCAGACCUUUUGGUUAGCAGCUGUAGCUCUUAACCACUGUGCCACCAGGGCUCCUGUGAGAAAGCAGACCUCCCAUAACUUUCAGUGUAGCUUUUCUGAGCCAUGGGAUGGAAGGAAGUAGCCCUUUACUCAGCUGUGGCCACUGAAGUGUUCUCACCUAAAUCCAGUGAUACAGAUCUCUAGACCCUCGACAACUCUCACCUUUUACCGUAGUGUUUUUGAGUCACUUUCUUCAUGAUCUUCAUAUCGUCCCUGUUGUUUGAAUCCCAAAUCUUCUACCAGUCCUACUUUCCCCAGGCAGAAGGAUGAGGCAACUUAAUGGCCCAGAGUGACUGCCCUGAAAUUCUGCCACAGGGCCAGCUGGAAGUUACUUCAUCUCAGGAUGGAUUUCUGCUCCUGGAGUGACGUCAGACCUCAAGUAUGACAGCCCCUCUAGUCUGCAUGCGUGCAGGACUUGUGAAAUGGAGAAGCAACUUGAUGCUGCUGGGUCCUGUACUGUGUACCCUAAACCCGUGUCUCCUGAGCAGGAAUCCGGUCCUCUCACACCCUCCUCGUUCAGCAAUCACAGUCUCAGUUUACACAGGUGUUCUGGAUUUUCCACCUUUAUUCAUUUCUGGCAUACAAGCCCUAAAGUUUGCUCCCUGACACUCUCUCUUACCUGUCAAAACUUGCUGCACCCCUCUUGUCCCCACACCUCAGAUUCAAGCUCCAUGUCCCAGAUUAGUUUGCUGAGAGAAGACAAUACAGCCUAAGGCCUGUGGAGAAUGAGCCUCUAAUGUCUCCCUCCAGACCCAUCAGGGCGUGCAGCGCUCAGCGUCUGACUCCCCUGGGCCAAGGUUUCAGCUGUGUUUGGUUCCCUAGUCCCUCUGCUCUGAGGAGUUUGGGGCUCUAAACCGAGUCCCUCCAGGUCUCACGAUGACUUCUGCAAUGAUAACACCCCACCUCCCACUUCUGUGUGUAUGCCACAUGAUCCUGUCUGUCCAAGGCCUCCACUCAUGUGGUCCACAGGAGGCAGGUGGUGGUAGGAGCUAUGCCACCUUUAGAAGCUCCUCAGAUACCCUGGUCAGGACCUUAGUCCACCUGACUACAGCCCCACUGCUGCCUUGUUGCCGUUGUUAGCUGCCAUUCAGUCAGUUCCAACUCAUGGUGACCCCACAUGUGCAGAGUAGAACUGCUGCGUAGGGGUUUUCAAGGCAAUCAGAAGCAGAUUGCCAGGCCUGUCUUCUGAGGCAGCUAUGGGUGGGUUCAAACUGCCAGCCUUUCAGCUACUAGUCAAAAGUGUAACUAUUUUGCUAACCAGGGACUCACUGGUGACUAGAGCUUAGACCUUUUGCUAACCAAAAGGUGGGCAGUUCGAAUCCACCUGCCUCUCCUUGGAAACCCUAUGGGGCAAUUAGCUGUCUUAAAGGGCGGCUAUGAGUAGCAAUCAGCUAGACAGCACACAACAAGUACCCCUUGAAGGCUAAUGGGGGUUCCCUUAAGCUACUGUCCUGACUCAUCCCCCAACACCAUAGGCAGAGCUGCUCACCCCCUUUUCUGUCAAACAUGUCACCUUAAUCAAACCACAUUACAAAUUUUCUACUUCAGUGACUUUUUACCAGAAUGUGAGCUUCUUGGAAGAAAUGCAUCUUGGUUUGUAGUGCGAUGGUUCACUUGUGUGUGGCCUUUCUAGCCAUGGUUUUGUAACUCCCACCCAGAUGAUUGGGAGGAACUGUGAUAGGGGAAUUGUGGCCCACCAAGGGAUUGGUCAGUUUUACCAUCCCGCUGGGCUUGAAAUGAGCCACCCCAGAGGCAGGGGGGAGAGGAUCCCACCACCACCACCAAGGAAGAACAGCCAGGAGCCAGCACCUCCUUUAGACCUGGGAUCCUUGUGCUGAGAAGCUCCUGGAACCAGGAGACAGAGCUGUAACCCUGAAGAUGGUGAGAAGCGGUAGCAGAGACUGGGCAGCAGGAGAGGCACGGUGGGUUUCCCAGCCCAAGGAUAUAGAGAGCUGAGUGACUUUGGGCAGAGGCCGAGGGCCAGGGAGAGGCGCCUGCAAGCACGGCUGGGAAGAGGCUGUCCUGCUGGAAGAACUGUAUCCUGAGUAUUCCUAAACCUGAAUUAUAAUCUGUUGUUAGGUGCCGUCAAGUCGGUUCCAACUCAAUAGCGACCCCAUGCACAACAGAAGGUAACAUUGCCUGGUCCUGAGCCAUCCUUACAAUCGUUAUUAUGCUUGAGCUCGUUGUUGCAGCCACUGUAUCAAUCCACCUCCCUGAGGGUCUUCCUCUUUUCCGCUGACCCUGUACUUUGCCAAGCAUGAUGUCCUUCUCCAGGGACUGAUCCCUCCUGACAACAUGUCCAAAGUAUGUAAGACACAGUCUUGCCAUCUUUGCUUCUAAGGAGCAUUCUGGUUAUACCUCCUCCGAGACAGAUUUGUUCGUUCUUUUGUCAGUCCAUGGUGUAUUCAAUAUUCUUCUACAAUGCCACAAUUCAAAGGCAUCAAUUCUUCUUCGAUCUUCCUUAUUCAUUGUCCAGCUUUCACUUGCAUAUGAUGCACUUGAAAAUGCCAUGGCUUGGGUCAGGCACACCUUAGUCGUCAGGGUGACAUCUUUGCUCUUCAACACUUUAAAGAGGCCCUUUGUAGCAGAUUUACCCAAUGCAAUGCGUCUUUUGAUUUCUUGACUGCUGCUUCCACGGCUGUUGAUUGUGGAUCUGUGGAAAAUGAAGUCCUUGACAACUUCAGUCUUUUCUCCAUUUAUCAUGAUGAUGUUCAUUGGUCCAGUUGUGAGGAUUUUUGUUUUCUUUAUGUUGAGGUGUAAUCCAUACUAAAGGCUGUGGUCUUUGAUCUUCAUUAGUAAGUGCUUCAAGUCCUCUUCACUUUCUGCAACCAAGGUUGUGUCAUCUGCAUAAUGCAGGUUGUUAACAUGUCUUCCUCCAAUCCUGAUGCCCCGUUCUUCUUCAUAUAGUCCAGCUUCUCGUAUUGUUUGAUCAGCAUACAGAUUGAAUAGGUAUGGUGAAAGAAUACAACCCUGGCGCACACCUUUCCUCACUUUAAACCAAUGAGUAUCCCCUUGUUCUGUCCGAACAACUGCCUUUUGAUCUAUGUAAAGGUUCCUCAUGAGCACAAUUAAGUGUUCUGGAAUUCCCAUUCUUCGCAGUGUUAUCCAUAAUUUGUGAUGAUCCACACAAUCACAUGCCUUCGCAUAGUCAAUAAAACACAGGUAAACAUCCUUCUGGUAUACGCUGGUUUCAGCCAGGAUCCAUCUGACAUCAGCAAUGAUACCCCUGGUUCCGUGACCUUUUCUGAAACCAGCCUGAAUUUCUGGCAGUUCCCUGCCAAUACACUGCUGUAGCCGUUUUUGAAUGAUCUUCAGCAAAAUUUUGCUUGCGUUUGAUAUUAAUGAUAUCAUUAUGUAAUUUCUGAGUUCAGUUGGAUCACCCUUCUUGGGAAAGGCAUAAAUAUGGAUCUUUUCUAGUCAGCUGACCAGGAAACUGCCUUUCAUAUUUCUUGGCAUAGACAAGUGAGCACUUCCAGUGCUGCAUCCAUUUGUUGAAAUAUCUCAGUUGAUACUCCGUCAAUUCCUGGAGCCUUGUUUUUUGCCAGUGUCUUCAGAGCAGCUUGGACUUCUUCCUUCAGUACCGUCGGUUCCUGAUCAUAUGCUACCUCUUGAAAUGGUUGAACAUUGACCAAUUCUUUUUGAUAUAAUUACUCUGUUUUACUUCUCUAAUAAACCCCAUAAUCGUGAGUACUGUCUGUGAGUUCUGUGUGGACACUGCAAUGAAUUAUUGAACCCAGCAGAGAAGUAGAGAGUGCCGUGGGAGGGACAGUUUGUGUCAGAAUUGGUAAAAAUGGUGGAGAAAGGAAGCAUGUCUGACCCCUGCUUUAGAGGAAUCAGCCUUGGGCUGUUGAUUUUUAUUCUCCUCCCCCCUUGUGAAGUUAAGAGGAGGUCAGAAACCACCUCCACACCAUUUUUUACAUGGUCAUUUUGCUAACCCUAGUGAUAAAACAGGCUUUUGUGGCAUAUUUUAUCAUUUUCUGAAAGCACUUGGCUGCUAACCAAAACGUUGGAGGUUCAAACCCACCAGCCGCUCCAUGGGAGAAAGAUAUGGCAGCCUUGGAAACCCUAUGGGGCCAUUCAGCUGUGUCCUACAGCAUUGAUAGGCAGUAGGUUUGGUUUGCUUCUCAAUAAAAGGAUUAUACCUCCCUGCCCUUGACAUCAGGCUUGACCUUGUGACUUGCCUUGGGUAAUGCAUGUGAAUGAAGGUAACAGAGAUUUCUAAGUACUGCAUGACUCCACCCUCUUGUUUUUUUUCCUUUGCCACGACAGCAACAUGUUUCCAAAAGGGGCUCUUCUUCAGCCUUGGUUCUACUGGAAAAAGUCAUGGUGUAGAGCCAAAACCAACCUAUGAAGGGUGAGGAAUAGGGUUGGGUUUAAGGUUAGAUGGCUGUGAGUUUUGGGGGUCAUGCAUUACUGCAGCAUUACUUAGCCUAAGCUGAUAAAUAUAGCUCCCCUCCUCCUAGCAAUGCUAGUAUGAGUAACAAACUUUUAUAAGCAGGUACUGAUCCACCAGGCGCUCCUUGGAAACUAUGGGUAGUUCCACUCUGUCCUGUAGGGUCACUAUAAGUUGGAAUUGACAGCAACGGGAUUGGUUUUUUUUUUGUUUUGUUAUUUUGGUACUAAAUUGAGUUCCGUUAAUCUUCUGACAUAGCCAAGAUGUAGAUACAGCUAUUAUUUCCAUCACAGACCAGAAAACUGAGGCAUUAAGAAAUUGGUUUAUUUGUUCCUAAGGUCAUAGAGUUAUCAAGUGUUGGUGCCAAGCCUAGAAUGCAAGAGUCCCAUUCCCAAGCCUCUUUUCUUCACCAGUGCCUAAAAUAAUAUCCACUGAAAAAAUGACUACAUGAAAAAGCAGAGUGACCAGAUGUUUUUUAUAGGGUUCUAAAUUCAUCCUGAAGAAGGCAGGACCCUGAGUGAAGUGGAGAAAAGGGUCUGUAUUGUUUAGGAUGGACUGUUAUUCCAUAAUAAGAAAAAAACCUCUCAAAAUCUCAGUAACUUAAAGUAGUAAAGGUUUGUUUCUCACUCAAGCUCCAUCUCCAUCACGUGUCGAUUUUAACUGUGUUCCAUGUCAUCUUCACCUCAGGACUGAGGCCAACAGAACAGCCUCUAUUUGGAACAUGGCCAGUGGGAAUGGCAGAGGAAGGGAGUGGAAGAAGGAAAUGAAAGAUGAAAAACCAUACACAGUAAAUAAUUUCAUGAAUAAAAAUCAGCACAAAGCUGUUUCCUAUACAGCAGAGGUUAAAUAUAUCCCAGAUUUCCAACUUCUCCAAGCUGCUGUGCCAGUCUGUCAUCUCUAACACCAGCUACUUCCCCCUCCCCUCAUCAUUCUUCUUUCCCCUAUUAAAUCCAGUAAUUCACUGCAA